AUGGGGGGAAUGCUUGAGGCAACAUUUAGCUUUCUAAAGCUGUGCAUUAGAGACUUGUUGGUCAUCCGAGAAAUCAGUGGGUUAAUCCUUCAUAGAGACGAUAAGCUGUGCAAUCUCUUGGAGUGGAGAGGUUUAAAGGUUGUCUACAGAAGAUACGAGGGUCUCUUUUUUUGCAUGUGCAUUGAUCCUGACGAUAAUGAACUGGAGACUCUUGAAGUAAUUCAUCAAUAUGUGGAGAUUUUGGACCUGUGCUUUGGCAACGUUUGUGAGGUGGACAUCAUAUAUAACUUUUAUGAGGCCUACUAUAUCUUGGAUGAGCUUGUGAUCGCUGGUGAAGUUCAAGAGUCCAACAGGAUGACAAAUUUAUGGCGGGUAUUAGCGCAGGCUGCAAAAGAAGAGGCAAGUUCAAUAAGCAACAUAAUCUCCCAAGCCACAAAAUGA